AUGUCUGUCAAGAAGGUCACCGUUGUCGGAGGUUCCGGUAACCUUGGCCCUAGCAUCAUUGGUGGCCUGCUCGCUGGGGGAUUCGAAGUUACCGCACUUUCUAGAAAGGAAUCUUCCGCAUCAUUUCCUUCCGAGGUCACUGUUAAGAAGGUCGACAUCAACUCAGUCGAGGAGGUUACCGAGGCUCUCAAAGGACAAGACGCCGUUGUUUCUAUCGUUGGAACGGCCGGAUUUGCUAGUCAGAAGGCUCUUGCCGACGCUGCGGUUGCGGCUAAAGUCAAGAGAUUCAUCCCCUCCGAGUUCGGAAUUAACACCCGGGAGGCUCGCGGCACCAAGAUUGGCGGUAUCCUGACUCCCAAGAUCCAGACUGUCGAUUAUUUAAUCGAGCUUUCUGAGAAGAAUAGUUCAUUUACGUGGACAGGCAUUGCUGUUGGACCCUUUUUUGACUGGGGCUUCAGCGGUGGUCUUCUAGGGUUCGACGUCAAGAACAAGACAGUCAACAUUUUUGAUUCUGGAAAUGAGCCCAUCUCACCUUCUACCCUCGGCUUCAUCGGAAAGUCAGUUGCAGGUGUGCUGAAGAACCUCGAGGCGACCACUAACAAGUACAUCGACGUUGCUUCGUUCACAACUACCCAGCGUGAGCUGCUUAAGGUUAUUGAGCAGGAGACUGGUUCCGCUUUUACGGUUAACAAUGUCAAGACUUCGGACUUGGAGAAGACAGCCGACGAGAAGCUGGCGAAAGGCGACUUUAGUGCUUUUAUCCAGUUGCUUCAACAGCACAUUUUCGGUGACGGCAACGGCAACGUCACAAAAGAUAAUGCCGCUGUGAAGCUUCUGGGUCUACAGGAGGAAGAUGUCAAGGCCGAGACCAAGAAGGCUGUGGCUGCGUGGAAAUAG